GCUUACGUGAAGAAAAAAGCUCCCUAAGUAUGAUCCCACCCUCCCCUUACAAACCCACCUCCAGAAGUUACCACCUAUCCGUCUCACAGUCUAAGAGCAGUGUCAUUUUAGAGCGUCAACCCACCUCUGGAAUUUCAGAGGGGAAGAAGGAGAAGCAAAUUAUGGGACACAGACUUCAGCUGCAGCACUGAAAAGAGACUGAAAAAGAAAAGUUUUAUUUUGUAGUCUGGAUUUAAAGGGUUUUUUUUAUGAUUUUUUUUUUUGCAAUAACCCAACAGAGAUCUGCUCCCAUCUAGAAAGUUUUAUGACAGUAAAUCAUUUGGAGGAACAGAUAGAACAUCCAGACCAAAGCCUGUCUUUGUGGGAAACAAACUUCAGUCAUGCAGCCAUUCACUUUGAUCGGUGUGCUUUUUCUCCUGCUCCACAUUUCAAGCAGCUCAAACGCUCACAGACACUACCGACAAGUCCUCACUGGAAUCCAACCCGGAGUGUGUCGAUACGGCAGGAGGCUGGAGUGUUGCUAUGGCUGGAAGAAGAACACCAAAGGGCUGUGUGAGGCUCAUUGUGAGCACGGCUGCAAGCACGGCGAGUGUGUUGGCCCAAACAAAUGCAAGUGUUUCCCUGGAUACACAGGAAAGACGUGUAAUCAAGAUUCAAACGAGUGUGGUCUGAAACCUCGGCCUUGCGAGCAUCGCUGCAUGAACACUUACGGUAGUUACAAGUGCUACUGUCUCAAUGGUUACACCUUGAUGCCGGACGGCUCUUGCUCCAAUUCCAGGACAUGCUCUCUUGCUCACUGUCAGUACGGCUGCGAGGAAGUAGAAGGGGAGAUCCGCUGCCUCUGUCCGUCUGCAGGCCUGCAACUGGGACAAGAUGAGAGGACAUGUGUGGAUAUUGAUGAAUGCAUAACUGGGAAGAACCUUUGUCCCUACAACAGACAAUGUGUCAACACCUUUGGAAGCUACUAUUGCAAGUGCCAGGAUGGCUAUGAUUUGAAAUACAUGAAUGGCAAAUAUGACUGUCUAGAUCUAGAUGAGUGUGUGUCCAGUACCCACAAGUGCAGCCGCCACGCCGUUUGUCUGAACACUCAUGGUUCCUACAAGUGCAGGUGCAACUCUGGCUUCCGAGGGAACGGCUUUGAAUGCUCCGCUAAGCCAUUUUAUCAGAGACCGUGGGAUGGAGACAAAGGCAGUGCAGAUUAUUCCCUCAAUGCCAUUCCAGACUCCCAAGUGAGGCCGGUGAUUCUGGGAGGUGAGCUGAGCAAAGAGGACAUCAAAAACGCCAUACCUGAACCGGCUGCGACAGCCUCUCCAAAGAUCCCACAGCAGCCUUUUGACUAUGAUGGAGAGGUCUACGUUGGCAACCACAUGGAUAAAAAGGCAGAAGAAUUACCUCAAGAGGAAGAGGAGGAGGAGGAUGAAGAAGAAGAGGUGGAAGACAACAAGCUCAAUUCAAGGGGAGAUGUUUUCAUUUCACAGGAGUUUGAGUCUGUGUUUGGCCCAGCCAAGGACAUCAAGGAAAUCCAAGUUGGACAAACUCAGGAUGAGUAUUUCUUAGACUGCAACUUCGAUCAGGGAGGAUGUGAAUGGGUCCAAGACAAGACAGAUGACAUGGAUUGGACUGUGGCGUACCAUAGUAAUGGUGGGUACUUCAUGGCUUUGAGUGGGCUUGUUGGGGAAAAAGAGGAUGUGGCCAGGUUAAAGCUGCUUCUCAGUGACCGGACCCAGCAGGCCAGCUUCUGCCUCAUGUUUGACUACCGCAUACUGGGCCAAAAUGUGGGAACAUUAAAGGUGCUGCUGGAGAACAACGCUUAUCCGGUUUGGGAGCAGGGUCAAAGCAAAGAAGAAGGUUGGCAGACAGAGCUCCUGUCUGUGGCCUGGACAGAAAAGGCUCCACAGUCUAUCGUCUUUGAAGCGCGGCGUGGAAAAGGUGUUGGAGGUGAAAUAGGGCUGGAUAAUGUUGCGCUGACCUCAGGGCUCUGUCAAGAGGAUGCCAGUCCAAUCUUCUGACGAUCUUCCCAUGAGAUCAUCUGCCAAAGAAGACACAUCAAGGAUUGAGUUUCCUUUCCCUGUGAAUUCUUCUUCUUACUGGAGUCUUUCAGAGUUCUUAAACAGUGCAGUCCCACUCUCAAAAAGAACAUGUACAGUCAGUGCAGCUGACUUUAUUUACCUGCUGCUACAUCACUCCGUUGGACACAAUUAAUUUUCUGAACAGUAACAUACAGGACAUAUUUCUCAGGAAAAAAGUGGGGAUACAUUUAAUAUUGGCUUUAACACGAUUGUGCACACACCUCGUUCACAACUGAAGUAUUCUGCCAGAUGGAAUGUGAAAUUAAGGGUGAUUUAAAACUAUAAUCACAGAAAGUAUUUUUGAAGGCUUUUUUGUUGUUAUAAUAUCAGGAUAAUCAGUGAAUUAAUUGCAUAAAAUAUGUGAUGUAUUCACUCAUUAAACAUUGUUUUCCAAUCUUG